GCAGUUCGCCGCUUUACCUCCGACGAUGUCUCCCGCAGUCGGAGACGAAACGUCAGGAGAGAGUUUUAUACUUCGACCACCGCCUAUCAGCCCGGAAGUUUUAAGUGAAGCUUUAUACUAUCUUUUGCAAUCCAAAAAACCGAUAAUAUGUGAAAUAAUAAGCUCAAGAUCCUGACUGAAACUAUUGUGGAGCUUCGGCCGACGCAGGAAUAUCUACGGUGCAAAAUCUGUUCAUGCUUGUAGGCGAGUGCCUUAAGUUGAGACGGCUGCGCGCAGUUCCCGAGAUCCUGACCAGUGGCCUUGAGGCGUGACGUAAUACACUCGGAAGGUCAGAUCUAUAAGAAUAAACCGCGGCCACUGGCACGACUUUCCGCAGUGUCUGCGGACUCCAGCUAGCCUCGCAGAAGCGCCAGUAAGCCAGUUGACACAGCGAUGGGCAUCGAGAAAUACAAGGGACGCGUCGCACUGGUUACUGGCGCCAGCGCGGGCAUCGGUGCUGCCAUAGUGCAGGCGCUGCUGAAGCAUGGACUCACCGUCGUGGGAAUGGCCAGGAGGGUCGAAAAGAUUAAGGAGCUGGAACUCAAAGACGCCCCAGGGAAGCUGCACGCCAUCGCCGGGGAUGUGAGCGACGAGGCCAGCAUCCUGGCUGCCUUCAAGUGGGUCAAGGACAACCUGGGUGGUGUCGACGUCCUCAUCAACAACGCUGGUGUCUUCCCGCCGACUAGUGUUACAGAGGGCAAGACGGAGGACUGGAAGCGAAUCCUGGACGUGAACGUGUUGGGUCUGAGCGUCUGCACCAGGGAGGCCGUGCAGGACAUGCUGAAAAGAGGUGUCGACGACGGCUUCAUCAUCCACAUCAACAGUGUUGCGGGACACACGACACCGAACAGAAGUGCUUUCGCGAUGUACUACGCCAGCAAGCACGCCGUCAAAGCACUACUAGAGGGGCUGAGGAAGGACCUGGUCUCCAAGGGCAGCAAGAUACGAGUCGGCGAAGUUUCUCCAGGACUAGUACGAACUGAAGGAGUAUCAAACGUAAUGGCUAGCCUUCCAAAGGAAAAUGAAUUUUUCGCCAAACUGAAGGAAAUGCCAGCCAUGGAAUCAGAAGACAUAGCAGAAGCCGUCGUUUACAUGUUGUCCCAGCAUCCUCGUGUUCAGGUACACGAUAUAAUUGUGAUGCCAACUGGCCAACCGGACUAAGUUACAGUGGAUCCUAUAUCCAUCUGCAAAAUAUUUCUCUAACAGAUGUGCUGAUGCGAGAACAGUAUUGCUGUGUUACUAUCGUCUAAUUGGAAAUGUUUUAUAAAAUAAACAGUCCCUUAUUAAAUAGUA